AUGUUUCAGGGCAGGGCCCUGAGUAUCCUUUCCUGUUCCCGCAGCUGUGAACAGCUCCAAAGGCACAUCCUCUACGAGCCAAGUGUGGUCAGCACACCCAUGUACUGUCCAGGGGACACCAGCGUCCUCAAGAGCAGCGGGGGCUGCAGCAUCAUGGGUACGGUGAAAUCUACAUCCCCUCCUCUCACCCAGGACACCGUCACACCUUGCCGCUCCGACACAGUCAGCUCUGGUCGCCGUGCGGGCAGCUUCAGCUCUUGCUCAGCAAUGCCCCCCCAGAACCUGAACCACUUCCGGGCCAGCUCUGUCUCCUGCAGGAGUGGGCCCCGCUUCCAGGGUCUUAGCAGCUUCGGCAGUCGGAGUGUCAUCAGGUUUGGAUCGUGCUCACCCCGAAUAGUAGCUGUGUGCCCUCGGCCCAUCCGCUACGGAGUUGGUCUUGGUUCUGGCAGUGGGAUGGCCUUUGGCUUUGGUGAUGGGAGCGGUGCUGGUCUGGGGUUUGGAGCUGGCAGUGGCCUCGGCUAUGGCUUCGGCGGCCCUGGCUUUGGCUACCAAGUUGGAGGAGCUGGAGUGCCAGCAGCCCCGUCCAUCACAGCAGUGACUGUUAACCAGAGCCUGCUGACCCACCUCAGCCUGGAGGUUGACCCUAAUGCCCAGAGGGUGAAGAAGGAUGAGAAGGAGCAAAUUGAGACCCUCAACAACAAAUUUGCCUCCUUCAUCGACAAGGUGCAGUUCCUGGAACAGCAGAAUAAGCUCCUAGAGACCAAGUGGAACUUCCUCCAAGAUCAGAAAUAUGCCAGGAGCAACCUGGAGCCCCUCUUCAAGAACUACAUCACCAACCUGCAGAGACAGCUGGACGUAGUGAACAGCGAACGGGCCCGGCUGGAGGCUGAGAGGAACAACGUGCAGGAUGUCCCUGAGGGUUUCAAGAAGAAAUAUGAAGAGGAGGUGGAACUCCUGGCCAACGCUGAGAAUGAGUCUGUGGCUCUGAAGAAGGAUGUGGAUACAGCUUUCUCAAAUAAGUCUGAUCUAGAGGCCAACGUGGAUACCUUAACUCAGGAUAUCAACUUCCUGAAAACCCUACACAUGGCGGAAAUCCAGUUGCUGCAGUCACACAUCUCUGAGACCUCAGUCAUCGUGAAGAUAGACAACAGCCGGGACCUGAACUUUGAUGGGAUCAUCGCCGAUAUCAAGGCGCAGUAUGAAGAGACUGCCAGGCACAGUCGGGCUGAUGCAGAGGCCUGGUACCAGACCAAGUAUGAGGAGAUGCGGGUGCCAGCUGGCCAACACUGUGACAACCUGCGUAACACUCGGGAUGAGAUCAAUGAGCUGACCCGCCUGAUCCAGAGGCUGAAGGCAGAGAUCGAGCACACCAAGGCUCAGCACUGCAAGCUGGAGGCCGCUGUGGCCGAGGCAGAGCAGGGGGGCGAGGCAGCCCUCAGCGACGCCAAGUGCAAGCUGGUGGAGCUGGAGGCCGCCCUGCAGCAGGCCAAGCAGGACAUGGCACGGCAGCUGAAGGAGUACCAGGAGGUGAGGAAUGUCAAGCUGGCCCUGGACAUCGAGGUCGCCACCUAUAAGCGCCUGCUGGAAGGCGAGGAGUCCAGGAUCUAUGAAGGUGUUGGACCAGUAGACAUAUCGGUGAGCAGUUCCCGGGGCGGCCCAGUGUGCGGUUCUGCAGCUAGCACGUGGGCGGGGCCCAGGUCGUGGGCGGGGCCCAGGUCGUGGGCGGCGGGGACCCGCUGAGCCCGGGCUUCCAGGGAGAGGAGCUCCGUGCUUGUGGGCGAGACCUGCGCCCCCAGCGUCCCCUGCCCGCUGCCCACCGAGGGCGGCUUCAGCAGCCGCGGUUCCAGCGUCCGCUUCGUGUCCACCACCACCUCGAGCCGAGCGCCGGCCAGCCACCAACCAGGAAGAACCAACUCCACGGCUUCUGCUUCUGUCCCCAAAGUGCCCGGACCCUGGGCCGAGGGCGCUCUAGGUACCCAUCCUGCCAAGAAGCCGAGGGCUGCUCUGCCUGGCCUGUGUCCUCUGGGGGGAUUUUUUUUCACCACCUAAACGCUCCAUCCACAGCCCCAGCGGACUGGCCUCUCCCUGACUCCCAAUUUCCUUCCUUUGGGUCACUCCUCACCACCCAGCCCAAAGACCUCAAGAAAUGCAGAUUCAAUACAAUUACAAAAAUCAGCAUGUUGGUCCUAGCUUUGGAUUAACUUAGAGAAUGGAGAGCUGGCUGUCCACACAGCAGGUGUCCUCAGCCACCGUCCUCUGCUUCCCUCCCCUUCCUUUCCCUGGCAGGAGAAGGUCCUUUCCUUCUCUUCCUGACCCAGAAGGAUCCACCGUUUUUGGUGCGCCAAGUGAUCCCUGAGUCCCCAGAGAUGGUUCUUCUCUGAGCGGCAUGGGUCCUAGCUGCUUCUCUUCCUGGGGUGUUGGUGUAACCCUGGCAUGCGAGUCCACGAGGUGGGUGGGUGCUGGUAGAGAGAUGGACCCUGCAACACUCCACGCCCCUGCUGGUGGUGUGAGGGAGGCCCAGCUCUGUUCACUGCAGGGGGGUUUAUGUCUGCAUGCUCCAGGGAGGCCUGGGCUGGGGUGGGUGCCUGUCUGUACUGCUCUUUGUGUUGCUGGCAUUUCAAUUAACUUGCCAAGCUAGGAUCACUAGGACUCUGGCCUUUCCUUCCCAAUCACACUGGGGACGGGGGAGCUU